CCACGCGGCCGCUGUCCUACCCGCGGCCUUCCUUCCUCCCACCGGCCACCGCUCUCCGCCUCUGCGCACCCACAUGGCGUCCGCGACCACCGCGCGCCACGUCCACAUCGAGGGCCUGCAGACGGCCGUGCCGACGCGCAAGGUGGAGCCGGGGCGGGCGCGCCCCGUGUCCGUGGCCGCGCCCCCGCUCCCGGCCGCCGCGCUGCAGCGCCGCGCCCGCGUCGUGCUCUACUACCGCGCGGAGGCGGAUGGUGCGGCGGCGUGGGGCCCGGAGGAGGCGCUCCUGGUGAAGGAGUCCCUGAGCGAGGCCGUGGCGGACCACCCGGAGAUGGCCGGCCGGCUCCGGCGCCGCGCCGACGGGUCCUGGGAGGUGAAGCUCAACGACACGGGCGUCAGGCUCGUGCUCGCCACGGCCGAGACCACCGUGGACGACUUCGUCGGCGGCGGCGCCGGCCGGGAGGCCGCGCUCGCGCCGUGGACCGACGUGGACGCCGAGGACCCCGACAUGAGCGCCCUCUUCUUCGUGCAGCUGACACGGUUCCAGGGCGACGGGGGCUACACCGUGGGCGUGAGCUGCAGCCUGAUGCUGUGCGACCCGCUGGCGCUGGCGCGCUUCCUCCUGUCGUGGGCGCGCACGCACGCCGAGAUCAAGGCCCGGAGCAAGGCCGCCCCCAUCCCGAUGAUGCAGUACGCGGGCUACUUCCAGCGCCCGGGCACCAUGACCCGCCGCGUCAGGUCCGUCCCGGUCGACGCCUUCGCCGCCGGCGCCGGCGCCGAGACGGUGCUCUUCAGGGUCACACCUUCCGGGGCGCCCGACCACCGCGCGCUCGCCAGGGCCUGCGUCGACGAGGCCAGCGAGAGGAUCGGCGCGGGGACGAAGGUGCCGCGGUUCUCGCUACUCGCCGUCGCCAGGGACGGCGUCGGGGACAACCCGAGGGGGAUGACCGUGGAGACGUGCGCGGCGGACAGCCUUCCGGUGUCCGGGCACGAGCUCGAGGUUGCGCAGUGGCAGGACCUCGGGCUGGAGAAGUUCGCGCUCAGGGAGAGCAAGCCCGUGCACGUGUCCUACAGCAUCGUGACCGGCGGCGACGAAGCGCUCGUGGUCGUGAUGCCCGACGGCAAAGGGUUCCUGGUCACGGCGACUGUCCCGAAGCAGACCGAGAAAUGAUCGGUGAAGGUUUCGGUUAUUGUGAGGAACAUUUGAUUUGAUUAUUAGGUAGUAUGCUGAUCGUUCUGUGACCCACCGUGUAUGUCUUUUUAUGGGAGUGAGUGAUACUGUAUAUUGUUGUACCAGAAAUAAGUCAUCAAAAGUCAUUGGUAUUGCCCCUUCUUUCAUAA